CAGCGACAUCGAUUGUUUUGCCAGCUCUAGAUCCAUCCGCAACUUUGGAAAUAAAUAUAAUAAAAAUAAAAUAAAUGUCUAAGUAGUGCUAAUGUUGCUCGAUUUCAAUUGAUUUGUUAACGAAAUGAUUUGUCGCCUGUGCUUGAACACAUUAGACGAGCAGAACGCCGUGUUGUUGUUCGCUGCCGCCGACAACGAGAGCAACGACAACAAGACAAUACCGGAAAACUAUUUGGUUCAAUUGAUAUCAACGCAUUUGUAUCUCUGUCUGUCUCGCGACGAUGCCAUUUCGACGUCCAUUUGCACGGAUUGCUGUGCGCAACUGGAGAGUUUUCACAACUUUUGGAUGCUGGUGGAGCACAAACAGACGACGCUGUGCAGUCAGUUCUUGGAGAUCGACUGCGAUGUCAACUGGUCAGAGGAGGGCGAUGUCGAGCUGCAGACCACAAGCAUAAUCGAUUUUAAGCAGGAACCCGAAGCCGACCUUGAGACGGACGCUUGUGGAGAUGAAGGCAAGGCAACAGCAGCCCACAAGUUUCCCUGCAUGUUUUGCGACAAGUCAUUCAAGAUGCGGCGCUAUCUGGAGGAGCAUGUGGCCACACACACGGGUGACCGACCCAUCGCCUGCGCCUACUGCAACACGGCCUUUCGAUGUCGCUCCAACAUGUACACCCACGUCAAGACCAAGCACAAUACCCAGUGGCAAAAGGCUCGCGCCGAACGCGAAUCAGCCAAGAUCAAUAGCAGCAACAACAACGUUCAAAUCCAAAGAAGUGUCAAUGGCGAUAACGAUAAGAUUGUCGAUGCAAUAACCGUACCGCCCAACGAGCUGGUAAUGAUAAAUGAUCAAAAGCCCGAAAUAAGAAUACCAGUUCCGCCUGCAGCCAGAGCUGUACCUCCACCAGCUGCAGCUGUACCUCCACCAGUUCCAACUCCAGAAGAGAUACCUCCGCCCAGCAUUGUGACCAUUAAAAACGAACCCAUGGAGGCAAUUAAUCUUACGGUAGCCAAAACGCAUCCAACGCCAGUCAAGCGACUAACACGAGCUAGUCGCCGCAAGACGCAUUCGCCCAAAAAAGUGCAGCACACGGAGCAAAGCGUCAGCGCCAGCGAGGACAGCAGCAAUGAUGCUAUUACUGAUCUGCACGAGAAGCGCAUCAAGACUGAGCUGCAGACGUGCAAGGAGAACGAGCUUAUGUUGGCCAAUUACAAUGCUGUGGCUGCUGUUGUGGCAACCACCAUUAUGCAGCAGCAUCAGGAGCAGCUCCUAACGGCAGCUAUGGCAGCUGCUGUUAGCACGAGCACUUCGGCAGCAGCAGCCGUGCCGUUGACAAGUCAAAGCAGUGCAACUCCUGCUACUGCUUCAGCUCCCACUCCCGCUCCAGUUACAGUUCCGGCGUCACCUGCAGUUGAGCCGUAUACGUGUAAUAUAUGCGGUCAGCAGCUGCGCAAUCAGCGCGCUCUCAAUAAUCACCUGCACAAUAAGCACAGUGGGAUGGCAGCGACAACGCCGUUGGCAACGACCAGUACCAGCUUGGAAAUGCCCAUCUGCGGUAGUUGCGGCGAGCUGUCCGGCCGUAAUCAUCGCUGCCUAAGCAAAGCCAAAUACGCCUGCGAUGUGUGCGGAAAGUCAUUCAAGAUGAAACGCUAUCUGGAGGAACACUUUGCCACACACACGGGCGUUAAACUGCACACCUGCGCCUUUUGUCCCACUGAAUUCCGCUCCAAGUCGAAUAUGUAUCAUCACACCAAGCGGAAGCACAAACCCGAAUGGGAACGCUCACGUGCCAGUCGAAACGCGGCCAAGACUGUUGCCACAGAGCAGCAAACGCAGCCGGAUCAGCCGCCGGAGGAAGCAAACACAAAUUCCUAGUGUGGCAAGCACAUGAAUCUCCUGAAGGAAUGAAUGAAUGAAUGAACGUUGUUGCCCGACAGCAGCCAUUAUAUAAUCAAUAGUUACUUUUUAGCAUGUCUAGCCGUACACAUAGUUAUGUACUUACACGUAUAUGCCAUGUUCAUUCUUAUUGUACACGUAUUUCGGGCUAAUACGAAUCAUCCCAGAUGCAGAUGCAGAUGCUAUUGUACAUAUAUACUUUAUAUACUCCUCCCUUUAUGCCUUACUUAUUAGACGUAAAGCACCGCUUAAUCUCCUCUUCCCCACGAGCACCAACACCAUCUAACUCAAUGAUAUACAUAUGUAAGUACAUAAAGACGAUGAAGAAUUAUUCAAAUUGUUCUUUUGUGCAUAGAUUUCAAUUCUCAUUUUACAUAAAUGUAAACAUUUCUCCAACUUAAUGUUAGUUUUAUUUAUUUAUUUGCUUUACACAAAUGCAAGUUAAAUGCUCACGACUCAUUUAAAAAACCAGUGAAGAAAAUAAUUGUCAAUACUCGUAUUCCAUUUCCUUACAACUUUAUUUGUUAUGAUCUUUAUAUAUGUAUCUACAGACGAAUGAGAAAGAACCAUGGGGAUUUAAAUGGAUACAUCUAGUAAUAAAAAAUAUGUAAUAAAAAAAUGUUCCACAUAACACA